GCCUUCCUUUCUGAUUGUCGCUAUCAUUGUUACUGGUCAUCAUCACGAAGGGGGGACCAGGGUUAAGGGACCAUUGAACGGGACGCGCAGCUUCUCCGAGGGACUUCCCCGGCUGACGUUCGGUUUUUCGUUUAAAAGCGGACGCGGCUACACGAUGGCUGUCCAGUUUCACUUUUGACACGCGCUCUAACGGUGUCAAUCACCAUGACGUCGUCCUUCUGCUUCCAUCGUGUUGUCGCGUUCUGCACCUUGGUACUUUACCUUAGCUUCCUCGAGCACGCGGUGCUCGCUGCUCCCGUCGAUAGCACGAAUUUCGUCAACGCAACCGAGUACCCGAGAAUCGUCAGCCGGGAGGAAUGGGGGGCCAGGGAACGUAAGGACGUCCAGAUACUGCCAGUGACGCCGACGCCGUAUGUCGUGGUCCACCACGGCGGUACACGCACCUACUGCCGGGACCAAGAGUCGUGCUCGGCGAUCGUGAGGUCCUACCAAAACUAUCACAUGGAUGAUCGUGGGUGGUGGGAUAUCGGCUACAACUUCCUUAUCGGCGAGGACGGCAACGCGUACGAGGGCCGCGGUUGGAAUUACGUUGGCGCGCACGCACCCGGAUACAACACCCAGAGCAUCGGCAUUUGCGUGAUAGGAGACUUCAGUGAUUUUUUGCCGAACUCGGCCGCCCUGAACACGCUGAACGCGCUGAUAGACUGCGGAGUGUCACUUGGCAAGAUUAGCGACAAGUACAACGUGAUCGGCCACCGGCAGGCGCGCAACACGGAAUGCCCUGGCAAGAGCUUUUACGAGUAUGUAACCAAUCUUCCUCGCUGGACCUCGAAGCCGAUACCGAUUCAUUCGAACACUAACGGCAUCUCGAGCUCGACGGUGUAAAAAAACGACACGUCGAACAACACGCCAACAUCACUCAAAUAGGAAAUCAUCCGCGUGAAACAGGCCGGAUUCACGCUGAUUCCUAACCCAAUAUGAAGCGCAGGCUUGAUGUAACGGGAGAUUGCAGGUACAGCGAUGUAAGAAAGUUAUCUUGUUCUUGUUGGGAAAGCUGCAUUCGCUGCAAGAAAGCUGCUUUCUUUCUAUCUUGCGUCCUUGUGAGCUCUUUUUGUAGAAAUAUGUAAAGAUCGUUCUACAUUAGUCGCAAGCGAUUGAUCACACAUCCAUAUUGUCGCAAGUCGUACGAGUCUUGCGAUUUGAGCUUUUACAUUGCAAUCGUCACUUAGCCAAUCACAGAAAAGAAUCGUUGUGCCGUGACAACAGAGCUCGACGCAAGUUUCAGAUUUGAUCAAAGCUUGCGACCGGAAGUAGUACUUCAUGCUUGCUUGCGACUAAUGUAGAACGACCUUUAGAAAAAGGUCUGACGGACUCGCGGAUAAUUAUGGGAGAAUUGUGUUCUUCCUUUUCCAUUUUUAAUAGUCGUAUAAGUCGUAUACAGUUAAAAGAGAGUAAUCGCUUAUGCUGUUAAUGGCAUAAUAUAUUGUCCCAAUAUAUUAGAUAUCGAAUAACCGCUGCUACCUCUCGCGGCUGUCAUCAUGAAACGUUCUCGUCGCCGUUUCAAGAAAAAUGGCUCUCUCUCUCUUUGUCUGCCUUGCAAAGGUAAUCCCCCGAAGUAUCGCGCGUCCUCGUGCCAGAUCCCCUUCUUCGUACAAACUUAUACGAUAUGCGUAUAACAGUUAAGGUCAAUGUCAUGAGUUAAAUCCUCGUUAACGUUUCAAGUACUUAUAUUUUAGGUGAAUUAUUUCGAGACGAAAGUAUUCUAGCGACUAAGUAACUAUAAAAAUAAAAUGUUUGUCGUAACGAAACGCAAAAAAGAUCAGAGUUAGUGUUGUGCCGGUUUACGUUCUAAGGUCACGGUCGUCACGUUUAAUUAGUAACGAUGAUAAUGAAAGUAUCGCACAACGCGCGUGCUGCACGAUUCUCUCUUUCUUCUCUCUUUAUAAUAUUUUUACAAAACUUACAAAAUUUGCCAAAAAAACUGACCUGCUUGGAUCCUGUCUCGAAUUCGCAGCACGCGAAACCAGUUGUCGAACCGACUUCAGGUAAUAAUUCUGCAAAAAAGAAUACACAAGAUAUCAUUCGUCAGUCGAUCAUGAAGAUUGAUCGUUUUCCGCAAAAAACUACAUUGGAAAACGCAGUUUCGCCGGACACGAGAAAUCGAUAAGAUAAUCAGUAUUGCGCAUAAAAUAACAGAACGUAGUCGUAGAGCUUCUCAUUACUUUUAUCCUCGCGUAAUGUUUUUCAAACGAAGUUCACGCAACAAGACGAGACGAGAACUGUGUCGCAAAAUUUUACAGUCGCAUAUAGUGUGUAUAUUUAACGUAUUUAUUAAGUACAAUAGCUCACUACUUGUUAAUCGAGCUAAGCAAUCCAGCGUCAAUCAAGACGUAUUGCGUAUUGUUGUCAUAGAUUUUGCGUGUCGUAUGAUUGAUCAGUUUAGAGAUUCGUUAAUGUAACACGAGCGUAUAUUCCUGAAAGACCUUGUUCCUUUUCAGCAGUACAACCACUUAGCGACGUACUAGCUCCUGUGUAUUUUAUUGUUUGCAUAUCAUACUCUUUGAAAUAUAAACGUUUGAAAUACAAGCGAUUAUUGCAACGUUUCGCAGUCGCCAUCAUGUUGCAACUUGUAAUACAUUUGCAACAGGCGCGGCUAUCUGUAUAUCGCAGUAUUUGUUGGAUAAUGAAAUAAAUAUUUAUUAUAAUACAAUUAAUUAAAUUAA